CUCCCUCUCUCUCCCUCUCCCUCUCCCUCUCUCUCUUUCUGCAGCGAUGGCUGGGCCGACCGUGACGAGGUGGUGGAGGGCUAUGAGCAGGAGGCGGAGGGGGGCAUCACCAUGAAGCUGCAGUCGGCGGAGGUCACGUCUUUCGACGACUACUUCCUGAAGCUGCGUCUGGACACCAACACCAGGAACCCCUGGUUCGCCGAGUUCUGGCAGUACCGCUUCCAGUGCCGCCUGCCGGGCCACGCACAGGAGAACAAGAACUACAAGAAAGUCUGCCUGGGAAACGAGAGCCUGCACGAGAACUACGUGCAGGACAGCAAGAUGGGCUUCGUCAUCAACGCCAUCUACGCCAUGGCCCACGGCCUCCACGACCUGCACACGGAGCUGUGUCCCGGGCAGCCAGGGCUCUGCGAGGCCAUGGACCCCAUCGACGGGAGCAAGCUGCUGGACAGCCUGCUCAAGACCUCCUUCAGGGGCGUCUCCGGGGAGGAGGUCUACUUUGAUGAGAACGGCGACACGCCCGGAAGGUAUGACAUCAUGAACCUCCAGAACCUGGGCGAGGACGGCUACGACUACCUGCGCGUGGGCUACUGGCACGAGGGCCUGCUGAGCAUGGACGACAGCAAGCUGCUGAUGAACAGCAGCGAGAUGGUGCGCUCCGUCUGCAGCGAGCCCUGCGAGAGGGGGCAGAUCAAGGUGAUCAGGAAGGGGGAGGUGAGCUGCUGCUGGAUCUGCACCACCUGUAAGGACAACGAGUUUGUGCAGGACGAGUUCACCUGCAAGGCCUGCGACCUGGGCUGGUGGCCCGACGAGGAGCUGGAAGUCUGCGAGCCCCUGCCUCUGAAGGUCCUGGACUGGUCGGACAUCGAGUCCAUGGUGGCGGUGGCGUUCUCCUGCGUGGGCAUCCUCAUCACCUCCUUCGUCACCUUCAUCUUCAUCCAGUACCGCGACACGCCGGUGGUCAAGUCCUCCAGCCGGGAGCUCUGCUACAUCAUCCUGGCCGGCAUCUUCAUGGGCUACAUCUGCCCCUUCACCCUGAUCGCCCGGCCCACCGUGGCCUCCUGCUACAUGCAGAGGCUUCUGGUCGGCCUGUCCUCCUCCAUGUGCUACUCGGCGCUGGUCACCAAGACCAACCGCAUCGCCCGCAUCCUGGCGGGCAGCAAGAAGAAGAUCUGCACGCGCAAGCCCCGCUUCAUGAGCGCCUGGGCCCAGGUGGUGAUCGCCUCGGUGCUGAUCAGCGUGCAGCUCAGCCUGGAGAUCGCCCUCAUCAUCCUGGAGCCGCCCGUGCCCGUCAAGUCCUACCCCAGCAUCAGCGAGGUGUUCCUCAUCUGCAACACCAGCACGGUGGGCAUGGUGGCGCCGCUGGGCUACAACGGCCUGCUGAUCAUGAGCUGCACCUACUACGCCUUCAAGACGCGCAACGUGCCGGCCAACUUCAACGAGGCCAAGUACAUCGCCUUCACCAUGUACACCACCUGCAUCAUCUGGCUGGCCUUCGUGCCCAUCUACUUCGGCUCCAACUACAAGAUCAUCACCACGUCCUUCUCCGUCAGCCUGAGCGUCACCGUGGCGCUGGGCUGCAUGUUCACGCCCAAGAUGUACAUCAUCAUCGCCAAGCCCGAGCGCAACGUGCGCAGCGCCUUCACCACGUCGGACGUGGUGCGCAUGCACGUGGGCGACGGCAAGACGGCCGCGCCCUGCGGCGGCAGCAGCCUGCUCAACAUGUUCCGCCGCAAGAAGCCCGCGCCCGCCAAUGCAAAUUCUAAUGGCAAGUCUGUGUCAUGGUCUGAAUCAGGUCCAAGACACCCUCCGAGGGGGGGGAAUGUGUGGCACAGACUGUCUGUGCAUGUGAGGAAACAGGAAGCCGGCACCAAUCAGAUGGCGGUCAUCAGGCCCCUAACUAACACCCCCGACCCCCACAGCUGUGAGCCCCCGACCCCCCGCGACCUUGGCACAGACCCCCGCCUCCCCACAGAGCCCCCCGUCACCAAGGCCCUGUACAACGUGGCCGAGGAGGACGACGACGACGAAGAGGAGGAGGAGGAGGGCGACUCGCAGCGCCCCCUCUGGACCCCCGCCUGCCCACAGCCCCCGACACGGCCCGGGUCGGGCCCCCAACCAGACACGCCCCUUUUGCCCCCUCCCUUACCGAGCCGCACCGUCGUCGCCGCCGAGCACUUUCAACGGGCGGAGGUGGAAACGCAUCGCUCCAGUGUCCCCCACCUCCACCCCCACCCCCGCCCCGCGCCGACGGACACGGCCCCCCCGCCUCAGAUUCUGGCCCCCUCUCGCCUUCCGGCGGCCCUCCAAGCAGGGGUGUUCGGAGAGGAGGGGCCCGAGACGGACGAACUGGACCUCUUGCACAGCUACAUGCAUGACUCUAAGGACGAGGAAGAGGCGGAGGAGGACGAGGAGAGCUUGUCCAAGAGCAAGCUGACGCUGGAGGACUCCCUGGCUCUGUCGCCCCCCUCCCCCUUCAGGGACUCUGUGUGUUCAGAGGGCUGCGUGUCCCCGGCGGUGGACUCUUACCUGGGGACGUCCCCGGGCGCGGCCUACAGCGCCGCCAUCCUGCGGGACUUCACACAGAGCUCCUCCACGCUGUGAGGGGUGGGGGAGCGGGGGGCAGGCGCCCUGUGGGGAUCCACCUUCACUCUCUCCAACGACAUGCUUUAUACCCACCGGGGCUGACACGCAGAUCCUACAUGUGCACCGAGAAGCAAACACACACACACACACACACACACACACACACGCUCAAAACAUGCAUGCCACUGCACACGCCCACCCUGACAUGCCCCCCACACACAAAUGCACACACAAUGCACAAACACGACAAACAUGACAAACAUGAACAUGACAGUAACACUUAAACCACAUAGGAUUCAUAGCAUAGCACAGAACUAUAUCCCCCUGCACUUAAAUCAAGUUUUUCUCCAAUUUUGUUUCCUCUGAUUUUUGCUCUCUCAUUUGCUUGCUUCAAUGUUUUUCUUUUUCUUUUAUUAUUUUGUCUCAAUAGGAAAUAUAAAUACCUGGUACGGUUCAGGAACGCUGAACAACGCCAGAGCAGUGCGCUGCUUCCGAAGGGCUGUGAGUCCACGUAGACUCGCUGGAAACACUGCAACUGGGAACAGUGCCAAAACUAGCUAGCUUGUGUGCCAAAAUGUGACAGGAUAUAAAGCAGAUCUCAGAAUCACAACGAAGGAUGUAGCUGUCGUCUAGUUGAUGUACAAUUAAAAAAAGCCUGAAUUAAAAGCAAAAUAAUGAUAAGUGUAGGAACAGGGAAGGCUACGUUUGGGUGGUCUGUGUGCGAACGCUGCACGUUAAGAUACAGACAAAAGCCAACUCCAAAGACAUCGCUACGCUAAGUGCAUAUCAUGACACCAUUAUCUAGCACUGUUUUCUUUUGCGACACUGUAUACGUGCAGUAGAGACAGGCUUGUGUGUGUGACAGGGAAAGAUGGAUUUUCUCUCAUUGAUAAGAAUACGCCUCUGCUUCUUUCUCUUCUUCUGACCUCAUUGAACUUUUUUUAGAAACAAAGCCGUACUAAAUCACCGCACUGCUAUGGAUAAGUACGAUGCUGAAUGGUAAGAGGGUGAGAAAGGAGUGUGUGCUCGAUAUUAGAAACAGAAUAUAUGACUGAGAUGGAAUUCUUCUUCUCUUUUAAAAACCUGCGCUGUGUGAAACAUGACCUGAUAUGGAUUCGAUGUGCCAAUCAAAGCUGUAAUCUGUCGACUUUACCCUGCGUUCACUUUUUAAAUAUGUAGCUGAUAAAAGGUCUGCUUGAUUGUAGAUGAUGGUAAUGUUGUUUACUAGGUUUACACACAAUCAUACCUGAGCCGACUUUUCUAAGCAUGGGGAUGUGACAAAGAGCUAUACCAUGCAGUGUUUAUGAUAUUUCUUAUGUUUUUUGGAGUUUGCUGUGCCAUUGUAAUGGGGAAGAACACAGUACUUGUAUAAGUUCUCAAAGUUUGUAAUACUGUUGAACCAUCUCUUGUUUUUCACACGAGUGGUAUGUUUGUACUAUCGGUAAAUGUUUAUACAUUUAGAAUGUGCAGAGAAAAAAAACAACAAAACUUUAUACAUUUUGAAAUUGUCUUACAGAUGCUUGUCAAGGAACAGUGUAUUGGCAUUGGGGUAUUUUAAGCUAACUGUAUGAGUCGGAUGUAUUCUCUUGAAAAUAAUCAGUUGUCAAAGUAACCAAAUGUUACUUACUAUAAUGAGAUUACGUGUUUUCAAUUUUGCUUAAAUCUCGUAUUAUAAAUUUAAGUAGUUACUUAAUCUUAUGGUUCUUAGUUCUUUAUCUAUAAAUGCAACUUUCCAAGUACCACAAUAACAAUGUACAGUGACAUAGUGCAAUCGUAUUGUAUUUCCAAAUGUUUUGGUCUAUUAUAGUGUUUCAAGAAGUUGUUUAAAGAUUUUAAGAAAUGUAAGUUAUGAGGGUGCCACAUGUUUAACACUGUCAAAUCUAGAAUGAAAUAGGCCUUCGUGUUUGGGCAAGUAUACUGUAAAAUAAACGAAAAUAUUUAUAUUA